UUCAAUGCAUCAGUUUUAGCUUGAAGAAGAAACAGUCAGCUUCAAACUGCGGUCAGGGCAAUACGCACAGGUUCAGGAUCUUUGUGUAAGCAGAUGUGACGAGCCAUGAUGGGGUUUCUUUAUGUUGCUGUGGCUGUGCUCAGUCUUCUGUCUGUUGGACAGUCAGCUCCUGUAACAGACUGUGAAAGUCUCGUCCGACCUCUUGAAAUCCAAGGAAGAGACAAACUGCUGGGCAAAUGGAUGUACAUAGCGGAAAGUACAAAUGUGACUGGAUCCAAAUUGCUGACAAAGAUGGCUGUAGAGAGCAGCUGGGGCAGAAUCACCGCUGCUAAUGAGAGUGAUGCCAUCGAUCAUUAUCAGGCUCAAAAAAUGUUUGGCCAAUGCUUCACGCUCAGAACUAAGUUAACCUUAAGAAACAGCACUCUCUCUAUGGUGCGACCUUACACUGCCUCUGCCAACCUACUGAAUACUAGCUGCACCGACUGCCUUGUUCUCUUCUCAAAAUUAACCACUGGGAGAGGCGUGUACAGUGGUGUCCAGCUCCAAAGCAGGAGAGGGAAGUUGUCUGAUGCUGAGCUGCAAGAGUUUAUGAAGCAGGUAGAGUGUCUGAACUUACCAUCACCUGCUAUCCUGGACCCAGAAAAAGGCUUUUGCCCAGACGAGUUUCCCUCCCAAGAAACAGAGACCAUUGAUCUUACUGAUUUCAUGAAUGACAUGGGCUCUGAAAUUGUCAAUCUAUUUGACAAAAUUAUGAGCAGUGGAGAUGGACUGGAGACGCUCAUCAAACUGAUCUCCAGCAGUGACAUAUCUGAUUUUAAAAAAAAUUAAGAUUGUCAAGAGUGUCACGACAUGCUUACAUUAUGAAGACAUUAUGUCUGUGUGUGUUCUUCCAAUAAAAAUAGAUACUGAAUGAA